UCCGUAUUCUCAGUUGUAAACCUAUAAACUAACUUGGGCUAGUGAACUAAUCCAUGACCGCUUGUUUCUGUGCUAAGUACGUCUCUGAUCCGGAUCCGCUUGUUAUACGCAUAUAUACGUAAGCCCUGUGUCUAACGGUGUAAGGAUAAGACAUAAUUUCCUAAUCCACAUAUUUAUAGGAUAGAACAAUCGAAAUUGGAACGUCUUGAAAUGGCUUACACAAUCCCGUCACUACCAACGCCAAUUAAAUCGGAGUUCAUUAAAUCACCGUAUUCAGUAAAUGGGAUCAGUUUGUCUAAUGGCGAAUCCAUCCAUCCAUUAGCUAUGGGUUACCCAUCAAUGAAUGGCCAAAUUUGUUCUCCUACAGGAACUCAAAGAAAGCAGAGACGAGAGCGAACAACAUUUACCCGAGCUCAAUUAGAUGUACUUGAAAAUUUAUUCUCAAAAACUAGGUAUCCAGAUAUCUUUAUGAGGGAAGAAGUCGCAUUAAAGAUCAGUUUACCGGAAUCUAGAGUACAGGUAUGGUUCAAGAACAGACGCGCCAAAUGUAGACAACAGCAACAACAGCAACAAAACGGUGGUCAGACCAAGCCGAGGCCAGCCAAAAAGAAGUCACCGACUAGAGAAACUCCAACAAGUGAUGGCUACAAAUCGCCCGUGACAACGAUGCCAAACAAUAAUAGCAUUUGGAGCCCAGCCUCAAUUCCAGUAACUCCAAUGCCAAUGAGUGAAACGGCCCUAGUAAAUAGUAACAGUUGUAUGCAUCCUUCUUAUAUGGCCAGUAGCCAGCCGACUGGUUACCAACAAAACUAUCAAAGCUCGCCAUUCUAUGGCAGCAUCGAUUAUCUUUCAGCAAUGCCACAGUACGGAGGCGCUUCACUCAAUCACAUGAAUCAAAUGAGCCAUUCGAUGACAAACAAUCAUAUGGUUACCACGCCCUCACAGCUACCACCUCCACCUUCCAUGAGCAAUAUGGCAGCAGCGCAAAUGGGUAUGUCACCACCAAUAGAUUGUCAUGAUGAAAAGAAUGAAUCUCUUUGGAAAUAUCAAGUAUUGUGAAAAUAUUCCGAAAUGACUGUCAAUUAACACCGGUUGAUAAAACUAUCUUUACGCGGGUAUCUGUCGAAUGCGAAUAACUAUACAUGAAUCCGACGGCAUUAUUAAGUCUACCAAACCCGCAAUCUUUCACUCAACGUAUUUACGGUACGCUAUACGACUGUGCAAUCAAAAUAGAUGAGGAACGUAGGCGAAUCAUGUUGACUACAAUUUCCAACGGGUACAACUCCAACAGGAAGAUCUUGUUGAAUUCGUCGGAGAACAUUGUCAUAAAUUAGUCCUACGGGUUUUUGUUUGACGGGAUUUGUUUUCAUUUAAUCUGAACAAAUUAUUUGCUAUACAUUUUUUUUGGUACAAAUAAAGCAUUCUGAAACUUAUGGUUGCGGCUGCGAUUCUUGUUGAUUGUGGUAUUCUGAAUGACUAAAGUUUAGAAUCUGAAUCCUUUGAUCUUAAGCUCUUUCCACACUAUCAAAUUUUCUUUGACAAAAAAUUGUUGUAUGCCCAUAUGUGGUCAUGAUGUGCCUUUAUGUGGUCAUGAUGUGAUGUCAUCAUGACCAUAUUUAGGCAUGUCACAUUUUUUUUUCAAAUAUAAUUUCAUAGUCUGAACAGGGCCUUAAGCGGACAUAAAAACUCAGUAUGUGCUGGUAGUAUAAUAAAUAUAAUAAUAAUUAUGCUAUUAUAAUGAAUGUCGAGAGACUUCAGAAAACUAUGAGCCAAAGAGGACAAGAGAAUUUCGUUUUAAGUCUUUCAACUUAUCAAAUUCAGUUGUGUAAAUUGUAUAAAUGUAAAAAAAUUGUUUGACCCUGAUUUAAAUAAAAAAUAUGUCGUUUUUUUAAAUUAUUUUUUUGACGGUCCAACUGUCAUUGACAAUCGGUCUGCAGGAACUUUCAAAAUUCAGGUGAAAUGUUAAGAAACAGAAAAAUAAAUCCUUGAACAGUGCAAGCCUUGCUUUAAAAGUUCUGAGCUCGGGAUUUAUUAUAAGAAAUCUCAAGAUAUACACGUUUUCCCUAGUAAUUAUGUUUUUAGAUGUUCCAACAAUAUUUAUUGCCAUUCAGAUUAAAUUCAUGUAUUAUGGUUAUCAUAGUUCAGAUUAAAUUCAUGUAUUAUGGUUAUCAUAGUUUUAGAAAAGUUUAGAUAGUUAACCUUUAUUAUCCAGAUUUUUUUUUUGUUCACUCAAAUAAUUACAAAGUACAAUUCUAGAAUAAAUAAUUAAUUUUCAGAUUUAAUAAUGGCCUCGUUUGUGUUUGUAUGUGUGUAUCCAACGUACAUACCAUGGAAUACAAUUCCAAAAAUAAUGGUGUUUUUAUACUCAAAAACCAGGCCUAUCCAAAGUUGCUUUUUCUUAUUUUAUGAAUUGUAAGUACUAAGGACAUUUUUCUUUUGUAUUUCAUCUUACACGCGGUUUCCUUGUCUACCUAAUAAAUGAAAUGAUUUAUGAAAUA